CAGCAAAGAACUAAACGAGGAGGCUGGGCCAAAGGGAGAAAGAGGAAGAAACCUCUUAGGGACACCAAUGCCCCUAAAUCCCCCCUUACAGGCUAUGUGCGAUUCAUGAAUGAGCGUAGGGAGCAGCUUCGAGCGAAGAGGCCUGAAGUUCCUUUCCCAGAGAUCACCAGGAUGCUGGGCAAUGAAUGGAGUAAACUGCCUCCUGAGGAGAAACGGCGAUACCUUGAUGAAGCAGACAGAGAUAAGGAGCGUUAUAUGCGGGAGCUGGAGCAGUAUCAGAAGACUGAAGCCUACAAAGCACAGGACAGACAAAAAGGCAAAUCACACAGACAAGAUGGAACAAGACAGCCAGCCCAUGAUCAUGAGAAGGAAGCAGAUACAAAGGAGAGAUCUGUUUUUGAUAUUCCAAUCUUCACCGAAGAGUUCCUGAAUCAUAGUAAAGCACGUGAAGCUGAGCUGCGGCAGCUGCGUAAAUCCAACAUGGAGUUUGAGGAGAGGAAUGCUGCUCUGCAGAAACAUGUUGAGAGUAUGCGAACUGCAGUGGAGAAAUUGGAGGUGGAUGUGAUACAAGAGCGGAGCCGCAACACAGUGCUGCAACAGCAUCUUGAGACCUUACGCCAAGCACUCACAUCCAGCUUUGCUGGAGUUCCGCUACCAGGUAGUGGGGAAACACCCACAAUGGAAACUAUUGAUUCCUACAUGAAUAGGCUGCACAGUAUUAUUAUGGCUAACCCACAGGAGAACGAGAACCUUAUAGCCACCGUCCGGGAUGUGGUAAACAGACUUGAACGCUAGUGACUGGGU